AUGGUUGACGUACCUGUAUCUUUAAAGGGAAAGAAAUACCCAGCAAAGGAGCAUGCUAAGAAAGUUUGUACUCACUUUAAGUGCAAAAGUAAGACGGGGUCAAAAAGCGAUGUUGCAUUUUUCAUCAGUGGUGAAGAUUUAGAAUUGUACGAUUACUGUGAUCAAACCAAGCCUAUUAGACAAAAUAGAUACUUUUUCUACUUGAGUGGAGUAUCAAUUCCAGGGUCCCAUGUUUUGUAUCAAUGUGGUACGGAUAAAUUGGUCCUUUAUCUCCCCAACAUUGAUUUAGAUGAUGUUAUGUGGUCCGGAAUGCCAAUGAGCUUAGAAGAGGCCAAGGAUAAAUAUGACAUGGACGAAGUCAAAUAUGUUUCUGACUUGAAAAAGGACCUUGAAGCUGUUGCCGAAUCAUCGACAAUUUAUACUACAGACGUUAAUAAAUUCAACCAGCAAUGUGGACAAUUUUUAACUGAAAAGGAUGAAGACUUUUUUUUUGCCUUAGAUGAAUCUAGAUUACUCAAGGAUUCAUAUGAGAUUGAAUUAAUGCGUCACGCUGCUUCUAUUACUGAUAAGUGCCACUUAGCUGUCAUGUCUGCUAUCCCUAUCGAAACGAAUGAAACCCAUAUCCAUGCAGAAUUCAUGUACCAUGCUCUCAGACAAGGUUCCAAGUACCAAUCUUAUGAUCCUGUUUGUUGUAGUGGUCCAAACUGUUCUACAUUACACUAUGUAAAGAACGAUGAGGAAAUUGAUUCCAAGAGAUCAAUUUUGAUCGAUGCUGGGGCUGAAUGGGAAUGCUACGCGAGUGAUGUUACUAGAUGUUUUCCUAUCAAUGGAGAUUGGUCUAAAGAACAUCUCGAAAUAUACAAUGCUGUCCUAAAAAUGCAAUCUACAACCAUGAAAAUGAUCAAGCCCGGCGCCAACUGGGACGACCUUCAUUUAACUGCCCACAAAAUCAUGAUUGACGAAUUCUUGAAAUUGGGUAUUUUCAACUCCAAGUUCUCUGCCCAAGAACUCUAUGAAUCCAAAAUCUCCGCUAGAUUCUUUCCCCAUGGGUUGGGCCAUUUGUUAGGUAUGGACACCCACGAUGUUGGUGGCCGUCCAAACUACGAAGAUCCAGACCCAUUGUUGCAAUAUUUGAGGUUGCGUAGAACUUUACAAGCCGGAAUGGUCCUCACUGACGAGCCUGGUAUCUACUUCUCGCCAUUCUUGUUAAAGGAUGUCUUAGAGGACGAAUCAAAGAUGAAGUACAUCAACAAGGAUGUGUUGGACAAAUACUGGUACAUUGGAGGUGUGAGAAUCGAAGAUGACUUGUUAGUCACCGAAUCUGGCUACGAAAAUUUCACCAGUAUCACCUCAGAUCCUAAAGAGAUCUCCAAGAUUGUUAAGCAAGGAUUGUCUAAAAACAAAGACGCUUUCCAUAAUGUUAUAUAG